CCGGGACCCUGACGACCGGAGGCGGGGAAACGGGCGCCCGGGGCCCCCCACCGCGGAGGAGGGGACCCCGGCGACGACGCCGGGGGUCCCUUCCCCUUUCCGCCACAUCCUCCCGACGCCCGCGCGUGCGGCGGCGGGGGCACGACCGCGCCAGGGCGGCGGGAUCGUGGUCAAGCCCUUCGAGCAGCAUUCCUCUCUCGCUCGAAAACCCCCGCCGCGGGGGGAAUCGGCACGCGCACGGGCCGCCGACGGCGUCCGAGACGCCGCCGGGGUACCGGCAGGGCCGAGCGGCGACGGACGGAAACCCGCCCGAACGCCACCCGGUCGGCCACGGCCGCCACGCGCCUCGGACCCGGGACCGGGGAACGACGCCGCCCUAAGGCUCCCGCCGUCGGACGGCCGCCCUCCCGCCACCCCGCCCGGCCCGAGCACGCCCGGGGAAGGCACCGCCGGCCACCCCCACGGUCGGGGCAACCACACCCCCCUGGCGCCCCUCUCGCUCCGGGGACCCGUGUGUGUGGGCGGGGUGAACCGGCGGAGUCUCGCCUCCCGGCGGGACUCUCGGGCACGGGAAGCAGGGAAGACGGGAAGGGACCCGACGGGUGCCCCGGGGCCGCGGCACAAGGCACGCGGCCCGGCGACGCCGCCCUCGGCGCCCGAGACCCAGGGGCGCGCGCGCAAACCGGACCGAGACCCAACGCCCCGCUGGAGUCUCUUCCGGAGGGGGGCUAAGGCAGGGUUGCAGGGGGGCCGGCUGCCGCUCGCCGAGCCCCUCCCAAGCCGCGGCUCUCCCUCGCUCGCGUUAGAGCCUGGUUUCCCUCCGGGCGGCUCCCGCGCCCUCUCGUGGCCGAAGCCAACCCCCGAAAGAAGGCGGCGCGGGCGGACGAGCCGCGAUCGGGCGGGGGGAGGGGAAGCGGAGGGGGGCGAGGGGGGCAGGGGGCCCGCCCCCACACACACCACCACAACGCCNCUCCGGGCGGCUCCCGCGCCCUCUCGUGGCCGAAGCCAACCCCCGAAAGAAGGCGGCGCGGGCGGACGAGCCGCGAUCGGGCGGGGGGAGGGGAAGCGGAGGGGGGCGAGGGGGGCAGGAGGCCCGCCCCCACACACACCACCACAACGCCACCCCGGCCCCGCUCGAAUAAAAGAACCGGCCGCGGGGGCCGCGGGCGCACACACACGCAACCGCGACCGUGCCCGACUCUCUCUCUCUCUCCCGCGGCCGUCGCGGAAAAUCCGUCCGGCGGACCUCAGGGGGAGGACCCGCCCGGACGCGGCUCGACGACGGGGAACGCCCCGGUGCGUCCGAGAGCGCAGCGGCUCUCUUCUCGAUAGUCAAGUUCGACCGUCUUCUCAGCGCUCCGCCAGGGCCGUGGGCCGACCCCGGCGGGGCCGAUCCGAGGACCUCACUAAACCAUCCAAUCGGCACGGCAAGUACCAUCGAAAGUUGAUAGGGCAGACGUUCGAAUGGGUCAUCGCCGCCACGGGGGGCGUGCGAUCGGCCCGAGGUUAUCUAGAGUCACCAAAGCGGCCGGGGCACCCCCGCCCCUGUCCCGGAACCGGGACCGAUGGGGGAAAAGAUCGGCCUCCUGCGCGCCACCCUCCACCGCUCGACGUCACCCACACCGACGCGGCCACGGACCCCUUUGCUCUCCGCAAGCCGGCGGGUCCCCGGGAAGCCAGGACGACUCCGGGAGGACCCCCGACCCUACCGGCUCGGGAGACGACGGGCCAGAGAAAGGGCAUCAUUUCCGUUCCUCGCCGGGGAGGGACACUCCUCACGCGACCGACAGACGGCGGCGAGGAGGCCCCCCGGGCCCCACAACCUCCGAGACGAAACGACUCGGGCGAAGCCGUGUGGGAAAGGAAAGCUCGCGAACGUGAGAGGGGGGGGCGGGCGGGGCCGCGGGGACGGGGGCUGGGGAAACCCCGGAAGCGAAGCAGCACGGCACCACACCCUCCGCCCUCUCGAGGGGACCGAGGUCCGCUAGAGAAGUCAGACGGCUCCGAGGACGGUCGGAACCGGGCCCACCCUCGGCUCCGAGCCCGAGAGCAGCAGGAAGACGAGCCCACCCCGGCACGCGCAGGGGGGGAAGAGGCGGAGAGAGGAGGCCGCACGCCAAACGAGGUCGCGGACGCUCGAGGACGCGGCACCGCCGAGGAGCGAGCGGGACCCACGAGGGUCCGCCGCGCAGGGGGGUCGAGCGGAACCGGCCAGGCCCAAAGUACGUCUCCUCUGACCCUUUCCUCUCCGGCGGGCGAUCGGUGGCCGCACGACAGUCAAGGGCGGAGGCGCGGGGAAGGGAAGGGCGCGAAACCCCAGCCACAAGCCACACGAGCGCGCUCAACGCCUGGCGGAGACACACCUUACGCCGACAGAACCGGAGGAUCCCGAGAAAGAGGGACAGGGGCCCGGCGCGGGCAAGACCCACACGAACGCGGCGGGGGGCGACCCGCCGAGAACUCGGAACAACGGCACACACGCGACCCGCGGCCGACGCGACCAGAGCGGGCUUCCUGCUCUCGCUUUCCCCACACCGUGACGCGCGGAGAGAGCACGGGGCUCCUCCUUCGCCACCCAAGAGCAGAGCGGGGCACCCGGGAGCCGACCGCCCGUCGAUCACGGGCAACUAAAGGCUCCCCCGUACAAGCCCUGCCACGGGAAGGCAUCGCGGGAAGGCGAGCGGCGAGGCGCGGAGGGAGCCAGGAACAGGCGGGUGAGCGACAGUCGAAGUCAUCAUCGCCUGCCCGACGGCCCUCCCUCGCGGGACCAGGGACACCACAUCGAUCCGAAGAGAAAUUCCCCGAAACGGGAAAGGGCGGGAGGGGGAAAGCGGCCCAAAGAGCCCCAAACGGGCCAGAGGAAAAGAGAGGACCCGGAGCGGAACGCCGACCGGGGAUAACCCGAGGACCGACCCCCAAACGCCGCCGAGGAGAGAGCGGAAGGAGGGCCGGCGGCAACCCGGAGGCGCCGCGCGGCCCGAGGCAACAUCGCUUCCACCAGCCGAGAGAGGUUCCGGAGAAAAACCGAGACCGGAGCGGGAGAGACACCGACCGGCAGCCCGAGACGACGGCGGAUCGCCUCACAGCACGACAACGGCCCCAAGGGUUCGGCGUCUGCACACCGCCCUGGCAAUCUCGACCCCAUCGGACUUCCGGGCUGCGGCGGAUCAACGAGAAAACGCAACGCUACCGCUUCAAGCGUCGGUGGGCGUCCGGGGACCGCCCCCAACAAGCCCCACGAGGGCGGGCGACCCGCGGGGAGUCCCGCAAGGGGGCGCUACAGAAUCGACUCUCGCACAAGGCCGCCAGAGACUAA